GUAAAAAUUGAGACCGUAAACAUGAUGAAUUUAUGUAGUCCUAGAAAAACAUUUUAAUUGGAACAGUCAGUUAUAUUCUAUUUUUAAAAAAAUCUUGUUUCCCACCUAAAAUUAUAUUGAUGAUGUUUUAUAUAUAUCACGAAUAUUUGUAAUUUUUUAAUUCAUGUAACAACAAAAAAGGUGUGUGUGUGUGUGUGUGUAUAGUGUAUAUAUAUAUAUAAAUAUAUAUAAAUGUAUAUAUGGGACUGUAAAAAUUUCAAGCAAAACUUCAGCUUUCCUGAUUAUUACUGCAGUCUGUAUUAUUAGUAUUAGUAUUAGAAUUUAUAUUGGAAAAUUGUAUUUCUAUUUUGUUUAAUUAUUUUAAGAUGAAUGUAUCUGUUAAAAGAAAAUGUGUGUUAACAUGUUUUAUGUAAAUAUGUGGGCUGGACAUUUAUGUUACUGAAAGCAGACAGAUUCUUCAGUGUCUCUAGGGGAGACAACACUGAUAAUUUAAGAAACAAACCGCCAGAUCAACCAAGACGAUAUAAUGCAUGGAGAUACUACGCAGGAGGUCUUCAAUAUCAGUUAUGAUUAUGACUUCAACCACAUAUAUGAGGAAUAUUAUCCUUUGGUGACAUUUGAGGAGGAGAAUCUUUCACUUAGGAUAAUGAGUGCCAUUUGCUGCGGUCUCAUCAUCUGCAUCAGUCUACCCGGAAACAGCUUUUUGCUUUGGGUGGUCUUGAAGAAAGUGGGUUUGAGCAGCUCUGCUGAUUGUUUACUCCUCCAUCUGACAGUGUCCGACCUCAUCUUCUCCUUCACAUUGAUUCCCUGGACAAUCAGUCAUAUUUGGGGAUGGAUAUUUGGAUAUCUGGCCUGUAAGCUGUUCACCUGGAGUAUGUUUUUGGGCCUGUUCAGCUACAUGAUGUUCCUCACAGUCAUGACAGUCCAUCGAUACGUGGCGGUGGUGUAUCCGGUGUUCGCUUCAUCUGUAGGGAAUCGCAGAAUUUACAUGCACAUCUCAUCUGCUGUGACUUGGUUGAUCUCUGUGGCCUUCAGUCUGCCUGAAAUGAUCUUCUCUGGGACUCUGGAUGGACCUGAUGGUGUAUAUUGUGUUCCCACCAAUAACUCAGUGUUUGUGGAGGUCUAUGGAUAUUUCACUCAGAUAAUUCUAUUUUUCCUGCUGCCAUUCCUAGUUAUUGUGUUCUGCUACACAUGGAUGGGUUUUUCCAUCCUUCAGAGUCGCAUCCGAAGCAGAAACAAUGCCGUAUGCACCAUCCUAAGCAUCACAGUGGGAUUCUUCAUCUGCUUGGCACCGUAUAACAUCUUCCUCUUCCUCUUGUCCUUGAGGUCUUUAGGUGUUUUUGUGUUUAGGGAGAGUGUUUGGGAGAACAUCUACUGCUCCACUCACAUUCUGGCAUAUUCCCACUGCUGUCUGAAUCCACUUGUCCACAUCUUCGGAAGAAAGAAGUUCAGGAAGUACCUGCCAUGGAGCAGAGGUUUCUGUCGGCUCUCGCAAAGGGUUCAGCGUGUAAAUGUUUAGAAACCCGAGCAGAUUCUCUGUUCAGUUUCAUCUCUGAUAGUGUCAAAGGUCAUGGUGUCAUUUUGUUGCGGCUCCAAAGUGAGUCACAUGACAUUUACAGUGCAGAUGAUUGGCUCAAAAAAGUUAUUGAGAUGAAUAACAGAUUGAUAGCAGAGGUUUUAUUAUAUGUGCUCUAUAUAAUUAUGUGUGACGAAUAAAAAGCUUGAAUCUUGUAUGUAUAUAUAUAUAUAUAUAUAUAUAUAUAUAUAUAUAUAUAUAUAUACAUACAAGAUUCAAGCUUUUUAUUCGUAUAUAUAUAUAUAAAUCGUUUAGUGGUGUAACUAUCAAGUAAAAAAAAAAAAAAAGAUUUUGCCUGAAAACAUGAAUACUUGGACACCUUAAAGGGGGGGUGAAAUGCUAUUUCAUACAUACUGAGUUUUUUACACUGUUAAAGAGUUGGAUUCCCAUGCUAAACAUGGACAAAGUUUCAAAAAUCAAGUUGUACGUUUGAAGGGGUAUUUUUGUUCCAAAAAUACUCCUUCCGGUUUGUCACAAGUUUCGGAAAGUUUUUUUCGAGUAUGGCUCUGUGUGGCGUUAGAUGGAGCGGAAUUUCCUUAUAAGGGCACUUCUGUUCUGCUGGAAGAGCGCGCGCUCCCGUAUAGCAGAGCACUGAGAGAGCACAGUCAGGCAUUCAUUGAUCAGAGUGAGAGCAUCGCGAAAUGUCACAAAAGGAGUGUGUUUUUGGUUGCCAGGGCAAGACAACCCUGCACAGAUUACCAAAAAAAAACAGCAUUAAGGGACCAGUGGAUGGAGUUUAUUUUUACAGAGCAUUGGAGUUGUGCAAGUGUUUUUGUUUGUUCCCUGCAUUUCGAAGAUGCUUGUUUUACAAACAAGGCCCAGUUUGACGCCGGAUUUGCACAUCCUUUAUUUGUUAAGGAUAAUGCAGUCCCAAAAUAUCUCUGCCUCCUUGUGUAGUGCGUCCGCCUCCCCUGCCGGAGACCCGGGUUCGAGCCCCGCUCGGAGGGAGUCGUCGCUGCUGCUGCUCUCGUUCAGUUUCAGCCUUCACAGCUGUCACAGAUUCCAAACGCUCUCAACACAAAAGCUUACUCGCGCUCGUGAUUCUUUAGCUCCGCCCACACGUCACGCCUACAGCCGGUGUCCUGACAUUUUAUCCUACCCUGUCAGAUUUUCCUACCGAGGUUUACUGCGCACGCGCACAUCAAUAUCGCGUCCUUUGUCUCAUGCUAAACAACGAUAUUUAAUGUAUCUGCAUUACUGUAAGGGUAGGUUUAGGGUUGGGGUAGGUGUAGACUUUAAUAAAAACGCAAUUUAAUUGGUAGAAACUAAUAUUUAUUGUUGGUUUCCUGUAACUGUAUCCCUUCUAGCUACAACCGCGAAUAUAACACAUAAUUACUGUAUUUGUAGUACUGUAAGGGUAUGAUUAGGGUUGUGGUAGGUGUAGACAUUAAUAAAUCAUAACUUUACAGUAGCAUUUUUCGUUGUACCCACUGUUUUAGUGGGAGGUAGGAAAAUCUGACAGCGUAGGACAAAUCGACAGAACACCGGUCGUGUUUUUCCGGGAAAAAUCGGUACAGACUAUCUUUCUCUUAUGAAUAUAAUAAAACUAAACACUUUUUGGAGUUAUGAAGGAUGCAGUACUACUCUAUAGGUACUCAAGAUUAACAAGAUAUUGAGUGAAAACGAGCAUUUCACCCCCCCUUUAAUUAUAAUCGUUUGCAAAAAUAUAUUUACAAAAAAUAUAUGUGUGUGUGUGGUUAUUCCAUUUGACAUUAAACAGUUUGAAUUAACCUCAGAUGUCAUAAAAUGUUAACGUAGGUAUCUAUAAAUAUAUUUAUUUAAAACAGCCAUGAGGGAGAGACAGAGAGAGAGAGAGAGAGAGAGAGAGAGACAGCAUUUUUAUUAUUAUAAAAUAUUUUAUAUCAAAUGUCUUAAGUUUUUUAUUUUGAGAAUUUAAUACAUGUAUUCGUUUCAUUUAGUAUAGUUACACCUGCAUAAUUUGCCUUUAAACAUAUCGAACCAUCAAACAAUCAGAUUAUGAACUGCAACAUGUGUACUGAAGUAGCCUAAAUUGUUGGUGUGAACAUAUUUAAUGUAUUUUCAAAAGUGUUUUUUACAAAAGUGUCACAUCACUGAAUGGCAUUAGUUUUCCAAUGUAACGUUUGUGUUCUUGAGGUUGUUGUCUUCGGAGAAGUCUGGACUAGUUAGAGCUGUAAUGUGCAGACUAAUGCGUCAAGAAAAUUUCUCAAAGAGGAACAGAGACCAAAAAAAGCAGAUGAAAAACCAAAUGCCAUAGCAGAAUGCUGAGAAGUAAUUUUCCACUGUGCAGUAAAAUAACUAAGAAAUAAAAAGAGGAAAUGUCAGUA